AUAUAGGUGGGAGUGGGUUUUGGCGGACGAGCGAAUCUCUGGCUAUGAAUGGGCGACACAGUUGGAAGCGCGAAAGACUGUUUCCUGCGAAGUGGAACGCUACGAUGUGACGGAAACCGCUGAGCUGCACGAAAGCAUACGACAAGCAUCCAAAUCACUCGAAGGCUUUGCAGAUGACAUCGAUGUCCACCAAAUUCUCUACGACAAAGUGGGACAGGCGGCGAUCAAGAAGCAAGCCAAGGUGUCACCGGAUGGUUUUGUGCAACUGGCGAUACAACUGACAUGGCGCAGACUACACGGUGGCGUAGUGCCAGUUUAUGAGCCCUGUAUGAUGCGCCUGUUUCUGAAGGGCAGAACUGACACCAUUCGCAGUGUGACGGAUGAGAGCGCUGCAUUCACAGAACAGUUUGACAACGCUGAAACGACCAACGACCAGAAGCGUCGGUUGCUGGCCAAUGCUGUGUUUGUGCACUCGAAACAGACACGGCAGAACAUGGCGUUUGGGGGGAUAGACAGGCACUUGUUUGGUCUGGCGGUGCUUGCCAUGGGGCUGAACUCAAAGUUCGGAUGGUUUGCGCAGGAGACAGCGUUCCUCAAGUCCGCUCUCACACGCCCAUGGACCAUCUCCAGUAGCCAGGUGCCACAGUCUCAAUUGACAAGUGUGGGGUUGGAUGAGGAUAUGAAUGUACCAGGCCUGGGUGGCUUCGGAGCAGUGGAUAAGACUGGUUAUGGAGUCGGCUACUGCUUCAUCGGCAAAAACAGGGUCAUGCUGACAGUUACCAGCUACCACAGCUGCGAACGGACCAGCUCACAGCGCUUCUUUGAGGCCCUGACUCAGAGCGUGGAAGACAUGAUGGCCAUUUGCUAACGCACGCUUGUCCGGGUCAACAAGUAGAUGCCUGUUGAAUGUACCAGCGAAGGGUAUCACGUAUUAAGAAAUGCAUGUACAGCGCUUGUAUGCACAAUUUAUAGCAUGCCAAUCUGCCCUCAUAUCACUACCGCCUAGCCUGAACGCCGCGCUGGAGGUUUUUGAACCAAUGAAGGAGACAGCCUAUUGGGAGACUCCAUGGCAGCUGAGAUCUCCGAGUGAGCUUGCUGUUAUGAGUGCCUUUGAUAUAGUGAAACUAGUAUUUAGCAAUAAAACCUGAACUGACCC